UACCGGAGAUGAAUGACGAUCCUUAAAAACACGCCGGAGUGAGAUAACCGAGUCACCAUAUUUUUUUCCAAAUCUGCAGAGUCUGUCUGUGCCAUGUCCACCAUGCCUCCUCAAUUCCCUCUGGAGAUCCGCUCAGCUCUUCGCUGGGCUUCCUCCACCGUCUAUUUCCUCCGUCCCAUUACCACCGUCGUUCCUCCUUCGUUCCGUCACCGCACGACGCUGUUUCGACCGAGAUGUUUCUCUUCUUCUUCUUCUUCCUCUGUUAAGCUCCCCACGAAACCACCGCUUUGCACUGCCGACGAGCUUCAUUACGUCUCUGUUCCUAACAGCGAUUGGCGUCUCGCUCUCUGGCGUUACUUGCCUCCUCCUCAGGCUCCUACGAGGAAUCAUCCGUUAUUACUGUUGUCUGGAGUAGGAACUAAUGCCAUUGGAUACGAUUUAUCUCCUGGUUGUUCUUUUGCAAGACACAUGUCUAGUCAGGGAUUUGAGACGUGGAUUCUAGAGGUCCGUGGAGCCGGGUUGAGUACACGAGUAUCUGAUCUCAAGGAUGUUGAGGAAUCUGCUCACGAGUUGUCUAAUCAGAUAGAAUCUACGGCUAGAGCUGCUGCAGGUAAAGAAACUUGUUCUGAUGAAAAGCAGGCUACUGAUAUCGUGGAAAGUGCACCAGCAUCGGAUGUUUCUGUUGUUGGUGAAACCACGGCUUGGGACGAGUCACAACUUGUGUCGAGAUUGACAUCAACUUUCAUGCGUUUGUCAGAAAGACUUUCUGGCUUUCUCAGUGAAGGUCAGUCAGUGUUCAUGUCUGCCAAGUUAUUUGACAAAAUUGCAAUGCUUGUAGAUGAUACACAGCUGUACGAGCGCUUUAAUGAGAUAAGAUCAAAGCUUUUGAGUUUGAUAGAGUCAAAGCAAAACUCAGGACUUGUUAACCAAAUCAGAGAAUUGGCUCAGCGCCUUGUUAAUCUUUUUGACGAUGGUCAAAAGUCUGUCUCGCCUCCGUUAAUUGAUUUACAUGAGCGCCUCACUACGACCAUAGAAGAUUUUCAGAACCAACUGGAUUUGAUAGUUAAAUAUGACUGGGAUUUUGAUCACUACCUGGAAGAGGAUGUCCCUGCUGCGAUUGAGUAUGUAAGAGCGCAAACCAAGCCCAAGGAUGGCAAACUUUUCGCAAUUGGGCACUCCAUGGGGGGUAUCCUACUCUAUGCAAUGCUCUCACGUUGUUCUUUUGAAGGACGAGAACCCUCCGUGGCAGCUGUGGCAACUCUGGCAUCAUCGGUUGAUUACACAACCUCAGAUUCUGCACUCAAAUUGCUCAUACCUCUUGCCAAUCCUGCAGAAGCUCUGAGUGUUCCAGUUGUUCCGCUGGGCGCUCUAUUGGCUGCUGCUUUUCCACUUUCGACACGUCCUCCAUAUGUACUAUCUUGGCUUAAUGAUUUGAUAUCAUCAACAGAUAUGAUGCACCCUGAAUUGUUAGAAAAGCUUGUCUUGAAUAACUUCUGUACCAUACCUGCAAAACUUCUUAUUCAGCUGACAACGGCCUUUCGAGAGGGAGGCUUACGUGAUCGUAGUGGUAAAUUUUACUACAAGGAUCAUCUUCCCGGAACCAGUGUCCCUGUCUUAGCUCUUGCAGGUGAUCGGGACUUAAUCUGCCCCCCUGCAGCUGUGGAAGACACUGUUAAGCUGUUUCCCGAUAACUUGGUCACUUAUAAGUUACUUGGAGAACCAGAAGGACCACAUUAUGCACAUUAUGAUUUGGUUGGAGGACGGCUGGCAGUGGAGCAAGUCUAUCCUUGCAUAACUGAAUUUCUUAGUCACCAUGAUUCCGCCGCAUAAGUGAGACAUUCCGAGGUUUCUGUUCCUUGCAUGCUAAUGCGCAUAUACAUUGCUCUAAGGUGGUAUCUAAGAAGUGUGUAUCAGAAUCGCCUGUUAAUAAGGAUGUACAUUUAGUAUCCGGGCAAACUGUACAUGGGCUUAGGAGGCAGUUUUUUCAAGUCAUAUACCUGUGGAUUAGGACUGGAAAACCAUUGAAUGAGAUGCUAGAAGGUCUUGUCUACUUUUAUGGUUUCCAUUGUUUUGUUAUGGAAACGAGCUUUUUAUUUGAAAUUUUAUCUUUAGAAGAAUCUGUGUCUUCUCUUGUACUGCUUCUUUUGCAGGGAUGAAGUUAUCCAUGAGAGAAAUUGUAUAGACAUGGAUUUUAUGUGUA